AUCCUGGUAGCAUCGCCAAUCAGUGAGCUCCGGGAAGCACCGUCACCACCACACAACACAGUAGCAGGGAGCACCCUAAUCCCAAAAAGCAACAAGGAGACAAAAGGGAACAAGCGUGGAAGGAAGCAUGGAGGGGCGCCCUUCACUGGCCCCCGCGCCAGCAGCGGUGACGGUGAUGGUCGUUAUGCUGUCGACGCUGAGCUGCUCGUGCUGCGGCGCGUCGUCGGCGGCGAGGGCGGUCGCGGCCGGGCGGCGGCCGGUGAUACUGAUCCCGGGCGCGGGCGGCAACCAGCUGGAGGCGCGCCUGACGGAGGAGUACAGGCCGGCGAGCCUGGCGUGCCGGGUGUGGCCGCCCGUGCGCGGCCGCGGCGGCUGGUUCCGCCUCUGGUUCGACCCCUCCGUCCUCCUCCCGCCGCUCACCAGGUGCUUCGCCGACCGCAUGACGCUCUACUACGACGCCGGCGCCGACGACUACCGCAACGCGCCCGGCGUCGAGACCAGGGUCUCCGACUUCGGCUCCACCUCCACCCUCCGCUACCUCGAUCCAAACCUCAAGCUGCUGACGGGGUACAUGAACACCCUGGCGAGCACGCUGGAGAAGGCCGGCUACGAGGAGGGCCGCGACCUGUUCGGCGCGCCGUACGACUUCCGGUACGGGCUGGCGGGGCCGGGGCACCCGUCGACGGUGGGCACCGCGUACCUGCAGCGCCUCCGGCUGCUGGUGGAGUCGGCGUGCGCGGCCAACGGCGGGAGGCCCGCCAUCCUGAUGGCGCACAGCCUCGGCGGCCUCUUCGCGCUGCAGCUGCUGGCGCGGAGCCCGCUCCCCUGGCGCGCGGCGCACGUGGCGCGCCUCGUCACGCUCUCGGCGCCGUGGGGCGGGUCGGUGCAGGAGAUGCUCACCUUCGCCUCCGGCAACACGCUGGGGGUGCCGUUCGUCGACGCCUCCCUCAUCCGCGACGAGCAGCGGAGCGCCGAGAGCAACCUGUGGCUGCUGCCGGCGCCCCGGGUGUUCGGCAACACCACGCUGGUGGUGUCGCGGGGCCACGGAGACGGCGGCGGCGGCAACCGCUCCUACUCCGCCAAGAACAUGACGCAGUUCCUCCGGGACAUCGGGUUCGAGCAGGGCGUCGAGCCGUACCGCGCGCGGAUCCGGCCGCUCGUCGAGGCCCUGCCGGAGCCCGGCGUGCCCGUGACGUGCCUGGUGGGCACCGGGGUGGACACGGUGGAGAGCCUCGUGUACGGGGACGGCGGCUUCGACGAGCCCCCCGAGGAGGUGGUGUACGGCGACGGGGACGGGACGGUGAACCUGGCCAGCCUCGUGGGGCCGAUCAAGGCGUGGUCCGACUCGCCGGCGCAGGUCGUGGAGGUCGUGGAGCUCCCCAAGGUGUCGCACUCCGGCAUCCUCAACGACAGGAGCGCGCUCGAGCAGAUCAUCAGGAUCGUCGACUCCAUCAACCUGAACGCCACGAGCUAUCAGCCGUCUUGAGAUGCUUUGCAUUGGUAGACGACUGAUUUUAAAAAUUCCACUUCAAACUUUGAGGGUUUUUUUUUUCUAGUUUUUUUGUUAAUUUUAUUUACGAGAUGAUUGGGAUUUGCUUCGUAGUAGCUUUUAGCUGGGACUUUGAGGGUGCAUCUUUUUGUGCACAUCAAUAAGUCAUCUUGUUAGAGGCAAAAAUAAACAAGAGAGUUGGAUUUAGCUUUUUGAACGUUGCAGUU